AUGUCUUCACCACCACCUCAUCAUCCUGGUAAUAACAAGUGGCAAACAUUUGACGAAUGGAACACGAUGAAACAACCUUCUUCUAUUCAAGUUGUCAAAUCAGAAAAAGAAACUCUACAAGAUUCCUUUAAGCGAUUCAAUUUAGAACAAGAUCAAGAUGGAUGGGGUGAUGCUUCUUCAGCACAAGAUGCAGGUUGGGGACUACCACAGACCGAUGACGGCUGGUAG